CUCUUUACUGCUCACCACAAGAGGGGACUUCCGCAGUCUGAACUAGCUAUUUCUUUUAAAAUGUACACCACAAAAACGGAAAUCAAACAUGAAAUAUGUUUUUGGACCGAUGAACGCAAUUAGUUUUAUUCAACUUCUGUUCCACACAUCUUAAAAGAACUGGAAGGAAACACAGGGGCUGCAAAGAAGUCACAGUAACAGACUGACUGCUCGAAAUAUCCACUCGCAUCACUUCCUCAUACCCUGUGUGUUAUUUUUUUUGUUCUACUGCACUUUGAUUAGGUACAGAGGGAACUUAACAUACAUCUUCUGAAGACAUUCCGAUGUGCAUUUCACUGCUCGGUAAGUAAAAAAAAAACCCUUAAGGUAAGAAAUUACUGCUUUAUCAUUUCAACACCAUGUGAAUUACUAAAGAGACAUGAGGGGUCUGGUCUUUAAAGCUAAAGAAGCGAAAUGUGAUCCACUUUCUGAUGUUACAAUAACUAUCAGUACACUGAAGAAGAAAUUAGCUGAGACAAAUGCUUACUUGUCUUCUUAUAAGUUUUACAGUUAUUGUUAGACAAUACAAUUAUACGUAUUCACAUUUUUUUGUGUGUUCUGUCUCAUUUCUCUUUUCUGCAGCAAUGACUACAGCAAGAGUUUCUGAAUGACAAUCUGCUAUCAGAUUUUAGAAUAUAUUCUAAAGCUAGCCACAAACCAGUUAAUAUAAACUAUAAAAUAAAAAAAACUGAAAUCAUGAAAAAAUUCCAUAAGUGAGAUAAAGUAUACGUGAAGUAUUAAGUGGAACACAACAGUAUUUGAUUCACUUUUCAUACCUAAUGUUAAACAUAUAGAUAGUAGUAAAUUACCAGUAUGCCAGUUUUUUACAGAAACCUUGAAGAAUGGCAAAACUGUUUGUAACAUACACAUGUACAUUCCAAAUACAGCAGCUGUUGUAAGGCUUGCAAGUUAUAUAUGGCAUGUACAGCAUUAUAAAGAAAUGUCCUUCUAUAGAUAUUUCAAUAUUUAAAAUUCAAUAUUUACUGACAAUUAUUUUCAGUCAUAUGAUGAUACUUGCGUUUAUAAAAAAAAAAAAGAUCCAAUUGCUGCCUCACAACACAGUAUAUGUAUUUAUUUUAUUAUAUUAUAUGUGUGCAGCUUUGUGUUGAAACUGGUCUAACGCUUUUACUCAUACAUAAUGCUGUAUUAUCUGCCGUCUUCCUUUGGGAAGCAUUUGAUUACAUUAUUAAAAACACCUUCUUGAGGACUGGAAAUUGAGAGUGGCAACCAUUUGUGCUGAAAGCAAUUAACAUCCCACAGUGGAAGAGACAUUUUUUACACCACCCUCCCACAUGUGAACAUGAAUCAAAAUGAAACCUAUAAAAUACUGACUUCAUAUUACAGGCUGACUGAUUUUCAGGUUUUAGGGAAUCAAGCAGCAGCCAAGAAAGCUUGAAAUGUCUACAGGGUGUAAUUAAUGCAUUCUGUAUUCAUUUCUGUGUAAAGCUUGGACAGGGGUGGUGUGGGAUUGCAAUUACUGCAAAACAUUCAGGACUUGUUUUUAGUAUUAAACUUGCAAGAAACUGCUUAGAACAAUAAUCAGACUGCUCCUGCCUACAACAGUUAUUUAUUGUCUUUGCCUUGAAAUUGAACAGUGUUGCCCAUGACCACAUUUUGGCUCCAAAGCUAGAACUUCACCAGAUGAGUUACAGUAAAGGAGCCUCUCCUCUGGUCCUAAUGUGCAGGGUCAUGUCGUGAAGAGAACCAUCUACAAUGAGCUUCAACAGGUCUUACAGUAUUAUGUCUGCAGAAACUGAGCCCAACGAAUACAGAAUAACUGCCUUGGUUUUCUAUAGUUCUAUUUUUACAAUUGGAAUAAUUGUAAACAUCACAGCAUUAUGGGUCUUUGGCUUGACCACAAAGAGGAGAAACUCUGUGACUGUAUACAUGAUGAACGUGGCCUUAGUGGACCUGAUUUUUAUUAUGGUUCUGCCUUUCCACAUGGUUUACUAUGGCAAGAACUACUGGCCCUUUGGAGACAUUUUCUGCCGGGUGACAGCCGCCCUGACUGUCUUUUAUCCCUGCAUCGCACUCUGGCUUUUUGCUUUAAUCAGCGCUGAUCGAUACGUGGCUAUUGUGCAGCCCAAGCACUCCAAGGAGCUGAAGAAUGUAAGCAAAGCCGUGAUCUCCUGCGCUGGUAUCUGGAUAAUGACUCUGGGCAGCACGGUGCCAGUGCUCACUUCAGAAAACGACCCUGACGCUUUCUCCAACUUCACCACCUGCCUGAAAAUGCGUGACAUCAUACACUUAAAACAUUCCAACCCUGUGAACUUCAUCCGUCUCAUCUUCUUUUUUCUUGUCCCUAUUUUCAUCAUGAUCGGAUGCUACUCAGUUAUCGUCGACAACCUCAUUCACGGGCGGACUUCCAAAUUGAAGCCCAAGGUGAAAACGAAGUCCAUUAGGAUCAUCAUCACCCUGAUUGUUCAAGUGAUUGUUUGCUUUGUCCCCUUUCAUAUCUGCUUUGUCUUCCAAUUACUGGAGAACAGUGGCAAUGAUUACAGCGCCUGGGGGGCCUUCACCACCUUCCUUAUGAACCUGAGCACCUGCCUUGAUAUUAUCUUAUACUACAUAGUGUCAAAACAAUUCCAGGAUCGAGUCAUCAGUGUCAUUCUGUACCGCAACUACCUGCGCAGCGUCAGAAGGAAGAGUUUCCGCACCGGCAGCAGCCGGUCACUCAGCAACAUUAACAGUGAAAUGAUUUAAGGGGCCAUCAUUUUUAAAUCUUAGAUUUACAUUUUUUAAUCAUUUGUAAAUAUUGUUUCACUUUGCGUCAACUUGUUUGAGAUCUGUGGGCAUUGGUGUAUCUGAGCUGUGCUCUGGAUCACUGUCUUGUUUAUUCUCAUACGCAUCAACAGAGAAUUGGUAGAACUGUACCAGAUCUCCUUCCAAAUACCGUAAGUCCCUUUGGGAUCAUGUGCAACCUACUAUACAACACUCUGUUUUAGACUUUUUAAAUAAUGGGCAAUAAUAUCACAGGGGAAUUGUAGAUAGGGGUGAUGAUUUUCCAUUUGAAAUGUGGAACAGUCCUGUUUUCUACACCAUUGCAUUCCAUUUCAGAAAAAGUUGAUUUCUAUUUAAGGAAAAUAUACAUUGUAUGCCUGAUUUGCAUCUGCUUUAUCUACAUGGUCUUAACUGAAGGCAUUUUGUCACAAAGUUAACUACGUACAUUUCAUAAAUAUAGCUAUGUCUUUUCUAUGAGCUACUGUAAUGAUAAUUUCCAAAAAAGCGUGUUGACAAAAAUGCAUCCCUUGCAAAAAUAUACAAUACAGCAACCAUACAGUUUGGGACAUAGUAAGUUUUAAUAAAGCAAUAUUUAUAAAAAAUGUGUUUUGUAGCACUGCUACUGCAAAGUUGCUGCGUUCAAAACCCUAUUAGUUGGCUACUGCAGUACAGCCACUCAUACCCUGCAUUACCUAAAAUUUUGAUCACUGUAAUACUUUUAUACUGACAUGACCAAUUUGAAACAUGCCACUGUAAAACAUCUUGUUAUUGUCUAAAUGAGGUGUUUAGCACAGCAGUAAUACACAUCUGAAGUCUCAUACAAUAGAACAAAUGACUUCUUAGUAACUUUUGCUUUAUACAAAAUAAAAUAUAUAUAUUUUUCAUAGCACUUAAUUCCACUUCAAAUAUUGAAUUCUAUGUUUGGCACUGAAAAUCAUCAGCCUUAUAUCUAUCCCAAGGUAAAACAAGUUGUGAUGCUUUUUUU